CAUUUUAAGGUUUCUUAUUGUGUUGCGAUUAAAGCUUAAAGCAGGACUUAAAUUUUUUUUUUAAGUUUAUAAAAAAAGUUGAGAAUGGCUGGAGAGAUUCUAAAAGGUCAUGCAUUGGCAGGACUUGUCUUUGGAGCAAUUGAACUCGUUCUUGCCCUUAUUGUCAUUAUAUGUUCUUUUGUAAUGGCGGGCAAAGCCGAAAUGAGCACUAGCCUGACUCCAUAUUGGGCUGGAAUACCUUUCAUCAUCCCUGGAAUUUUAGGUCUCGUCGCGGGAUUAACAAAAAACAAAUGCGCGAUGAUUGCAUUCAUGGUAUUAAACAUUCUGUGCUUCAUCCUCCAAGGUUUGGCCACUAUUUUAGUUGCAAUUGUAGUAGCUAUAUGGGCUGCAUAUGCAAGCGCCGUUGACGAUUGCCGAAAAAUUGGAGACGAUUGCUACUGCAACGUUAAUGGGGAACUAAAAAUUAUACAUGGUAUGUCAAACUGUGAUGACUUGAAAUCGAUCUCUACCUUACUUUACGUCAUUGUCAUCUUUUUGGUCAUUGGUGCUAUCGUGACACUGGCUGCUUCCAUCCUUGGUUGUGUGGCUACCUGCUGCACAUCAAGUCCCCCUACCACAGUAAUUGUACAACAACCUGGAAUGGUAAUGCAAGUUCCACCUCAACAACAAACCUAUCCAGAGUAGCAGUGAGAAUUGCUAGAGGAGAAUGGCUUUUGUAGAUGAUAUCUUUGUAAAUAUGUAGACAUUUAAGUUAAUUUUGCAUAUUUUGUAAAGAAAAAGAUUGCACACUUUUUAAGAAGAAUUUUUUUUUUUAGGUCUUUAUAUUAUAUUCAUAUUAUAUGUAAAAAUUUUAUUUGAAUAGAAGAGCACUAUGGUGUGAA